AUGUCAGGGUUUUUUGUCUCAAGAGUAGAAAGUCAUUUCUCAAAAAAUCCUAUCAAAUUUAAACCACGUUCAAACUCAUCUCAUGAAGCUAAUAACAACACAACUUCAAAUUUGAUUAACAAAUUCAAACCAAAGAAAACUUCCAAGGGCACGGAUAAUGAAUUACCCAACUCUAUACCUGAAAUGAUUCAAACUGCUAUCCCUGAGUUCAGCCCCAAAUAUUCCUUUUUUGUGAACCCAUUACUUUCUUCUGGUCAUACACAAACAGCAUAUACCGCUUUAAACAAGUUUGAGAAUCAACACGAGGUUCACUAUAAAAGAGAAAUCAUAACAAUUGAAAAUAAACCUUACACUUUACCCAAUGGAGAUCAAUUGUAUUACGACCAGUGGAAAGGUGAGAGUACCAUUGCUUUAGAUUAUGCUGUAAACCUGUCACUUGGUCCAGAUUUGAACCACGAGCAGUACAAGCCUGAAUCUCAAACAAGACCACUUCCACCUCGUACUGAAUUCAAGAACCCUAACGAAGAUUUGAUCAGUGAUGACGAGAAGCCUUUAUUGAUUAUUUUGCAUGGGUUGUCGGGAGGAUCAUAUGAAGCGUAUUUGCGAGCAGUUAUUGACAAAAUUAUUGAACCACCAUUUGAAUUCGAUGCCAUGGUGAUUAAUUCACGUGGCUGUGCCAACCACACCAUUACGUCUCCUCAAUUGUAUAACGGCUUGUGGACGAAUGAUGUGAGAUAUGUGAUCAAUGAGAUUGUCUCAAAAAGGUGGCCCCAAAAAAGAGUUUUCUUGAUGGGUUUUUCAUUGGGAGCUGCUAUACUUGCAAAUUAUUUAGGGCAAGAAGGAGCACAUGCAAGCCCACAAAUCAAAGGGUCAGUAGCAAUUGGAUGUCCCUGGGACUUUGUGGAUGGAAGUUUCCAAUUGCGUGAAUCUGUGAUUGGUCAUUACAUUUACUCCCCCACCAUGGCUAACAAUUUAUUGAAAUUGUUGAAUAGUCAUCAUAUUUUAUUGGCUAAUGAUUUGGUCAAACAAUAUAAAGAAGACCCCACUCGAAACGAAAUUAAAUUCUUAAAGCAAUUCGACAACGAGUUUACUGCAAAAAUGUUUGGGUUAAAUUCAGCAGAUGAAUACUACAGAAAGGCUAGUCCCAUUCAAAGAUUAUUAAAUGUGAGAGUGCCCAUGGUCAUUUUGAGUUCUUUGGAUGAUCCAGUUGUUGGGUCUAGGUCUUUGCCAUAUUCAGAAGUGAAUUUGAAUCCAUAUGUCAGCUUAAUUACAACCAGUGUGGGUGGCCACUUGGGUUGGUUUGCUAUCAAUGGUGAUAGAUGGUACGUCGAGCCUGUUUGUAAAUUAUUGACGGUGUUAAAUCAAUAUGACGCAGACAAGGAAAGUAUAGUUGAGUUGCCAGUUGAUAUUUCAGAAACAAGUUGGAAGUAUGAUAGAUUAGUCAAUGGUAUGUUGGUUGAUCAGUAG